UUUGAAUCCCAGAGAGAGAAGACAACAGUGAGCCAGGACUCUGCUUAAGUCAAAUAUGAAAUUGUGCUGUACCAAGUACGGAAACUGUUAAGUUGUGCCUGUCAGGACUUUGGAGCUUCAGCUUACAUCCUUCGGUUUUCAAAAGGAUAGCUUUCUGGUAAAAUUGUUUUAGUUUUCUCUCUUAGUAACUUUCGCAAGUACUUCUGCAGCCCUGCCGCCGGUGCCCUCAGUGUCCCCUCUCCCUGCUUGGCUGAGCAGGUUGUCCAGGCUCUCUCUUCUCCCCCUCAGCUGAGUGGAAGCUGACAAUCCUGCAGUUUGGGAGCCAAACUGGAACUCCUUCCAUCUGUAUCCAGACAUUUAAGAACUUGGACGGACUCCACAGGAAGGCUUUACAGAGCACUUAAUCAAGUGCUCCGGAGGUUACAUUUCAGGAAAGCUCUCUUGGAUCCAAGAUAAAGGCGGGGUGUAAAAGGCGCAAACAAGGGCUGCCUGAGUCAGAGGGCCUUUGGAAUCCUCCCCACUCAAGACUGCGCCUUCCCCAGCUGAAACAGCUUUCUAUGUGUCGACAAAACCUCCAGAACCUGACAAAUACUUCAUGAACAGCUAGAGCGCACCUGCUUGGUGCCAUGGCUCUGGAGCAGAACCAGUCAAUGGAAUACUACUAUGAGGAAAACAUAAUGAAUGGUACUUAUGACUACAGCCUGUAUGAAUCGGUCUGCAUCAAAGAAGAGGUCAGGCAGUUUGCAAAAGUCUUCCUCCCUGCCUUCUUCACGAUAACCUUUAUUAUUGGACUGGCAGGGAACUCCAUCAUUGUGGCAAUUUAUGCCUAUUACAAGAAACAGAGGACUAAGACAGAUGUGUACAUCCUGAAUCUGGCUGUGGCAGACUUACUGCUUCUGAUCACGUUGCCUUUCUGGGCAGUUAAUGCAGUUCAUGGGUGGAUUCUAGGGAAAACAAUGUGCAAAGUAACUUCGGCCCUGUACACAGUAAACUUUGUCUCUGGGAUGCAGUUCCUGGCCUGUAUCAGCAUUGACAGAUACUGGGCAAUCACUAGGGCCCCCAGCCAAUCAGGAGCGGGGAGACCCUGCUGGAUCAUCUGUUGCUGUGUGUGGAUGGCUGCUAUCUUGCUGAGCAUACCCCAGCUGGUUUUUUAUACUGUGAAUCAGAACGCCAAGUGCACUCCCAUUUUUCCCCACCACCUAGGAACAUCCCUGAAAGCAUCCAUUCAGAUGCUGGAAAUCUGCAUUGGCUUCGUGGUCCCCUUCCUUAUUAUGGGGGUGUGCUAUGCCAUCACUGCCAGGACGCUCAUCAAGAUGCCCAACAUUAAAAAGUCUCGGCCCCUCAAGGUUCUGCUCACAGUGGUAGUGGUUUUCAUUGUCACCCAGCUGCCUUACAACAUCGUCAAGUUCUGCCAAGCCAUAGAUGCCAUCUACUUGCUGAUCACCGACUGCGACAUGAGCAAGCGCAUGGAUGUUGCCAUCCAGGUCACAGGGAGCAUCGCGCUCUUCCACAGCUGCCUUAACCCCAUCCUGUAUGUCUUCAUGGGGGCCUCUUUCAAAAGCUAUAUCACAAAAGUGGCCAAGAAAUAUGGACCGUGGAGAAGACAGAGACAGAACGUGGAGGAAUUUCCUUUUGACUCUGAGGGUCCUACAGAGCCAACCAGUUCCUUUACCAUUUAAAUAUAAAAUUGCUCUCUGCUUUUUGCUUGGAGACACACACACAC